UCCCCGGCAGCUCCGCGUCAGGGCUGCGCUCGGACCGGCUGCAGCACUCAGGAGGUGACAGCGCCGACCACCACCUCCCCCCGGGACGUUUCUGGGGUAUCUCUCCCUCUUUCUGCCGCCGGAGGCAGCUGAGCUCCCGCUGCGCCGGGAUCCGCGGGGCCGUGCUCGGUCGGCGGAUGGACCCGCAGCCCGGCGCCAGGAGCUGCAGCCGCGGGGCUCCCGCCUGCGAGGUGGGGCCACCCGAGCCCCCCAUGAACCUCUACAUCCACACCACCACCGGCACCCGCUAUGAGCUCUCGGUGCCCGCCGAAGAGACGGUGGAGGGGCUGAAGCGGCGGCUGUCCCAGCGCCUCAAGGUGCCCAAGGAGCGUCUGGCGCUGCUGCACAAAGAGAGCCGCCUCAGUUCUGGCAAACUGCAGGACCUGGGGGUCGUGGAAGGCAGCAAGUUGACAUUGGUGCCCACCGUGGAGGCUGGCUUGAUGUCCCAGGCGUCCAGGCCAGAACAGUCGGUGAUGCAAGCUCUGGAAAGCUUAACUGAAACUCAGGUCAACGACUUCUUGUCAGGCCGGUCCCCGCUGACCCUGGCCCUGCGCGUGGGUGACCACAUGAUGUUCGUGCAGCUGCAGCUGGCGGCUCAGCAGAGCACCGGACAGCUCCAGCACCGGCACCUCAUCGCCAGCCGCGGCGAGGCGGGGGCCAGCGCCAGCCCCCACUGCCGGACGCUGCACGGGGCCGGCGGCUCAGGCUUCGCCCGCAUCCCCGUGGUGCCCACGUGCCAGCAGAGCCCGGCCCCCAGCCCCACGCCCGCCGCGCCGGCACCCCCCGUGUACUGUAACGCCCCUCACGCCGCUCCCGUCACCGCCGGGAUGUUCCGGUCGCACGGGGCCAGCACGCAGACGGUGAACAGCAGCGUGGUCUCCUCCUGCUCAGAGGUGGACUGUGGUUCCCGCAGCAGCAGCUCCCCGGGCAGCAGUCCGGCCCCCUCAGCCCGAUCCCGCAAGCCCGGGGCGGUCAUCGAGAGCUUCGUCAACCACGCGCCUGGGGUCUUCUCAGGGACCUUCUCCGGCACUUUGCACCCCAACUGCCAGGACAGCAGCGGGCGGCCACGGCGGGACAUCGGCACCAUCCUGCAGAUCCUCAACGACCUCCUCAGCGCCACGAGACACUACCAGGGCAUGCCCCAGUCCCUGACACAGCUCCGCUGCCAGACGCAGUUCUCCUCCUCCUCCUCUUCCUCCUCCUCCUCGCCGCCUGCCUCUCCGGACCUCGCCACCAAAACUACCUCAGAGCCGCUGCCGGCGGCCGCCGCCCCCACCCUGCACCCCGUUGUCCAGUGCCAAAGCCAGAUCCGGAUGUGCAAGCCCAGUGGGGACCGGCUGCGGCAGACGGAGAACCGGGCGACGCGCUGCAAGGUGGAGCGGCUGCAGCUGCUGCUGCAGCAGAAGCGGCUGCGGCGGAAGGCGCGGCGGGACGCGAGGGCUCCGUACCACUGGGUGCCCAACCGCAAGGCCGGGCGCACCAACAGCAACAGCAGCGUCUCCAGCGAGGGCAGCCUGGACCUGGACUUCGAGGACUCGGUCUGGAAGCCGGAGGUCAAGGCCGAGAUGAAAUCCGAGUUUGUCGUAGCAUAGAGAGCCGGGGCCCCGGGGGACUGUGCCGGGGGGUCCCGCUCGCCACCCCCGCUGUGGGGAGGCAGCGCUGGUGUCGCGGGCCGGGGCUCCUCGAGAUUUGCUGUUUCCUGCGACCAGACGCCUUGGGCUGACCUGCGUGUCAGGGGGAGCCUCCCACCCCCCUGCUCGGUUGGGUUUGGGGCGAUGGUGGGGGAGCAGCAGGAGCUGCCCCCUCCCUGCAGCCUCCCCAGCUGGGGGGAGGGUCCAGGCACCCAAGGGGGGGCCCUGGGGCGUAUCGAAGCUGCUGCUUUGCUGUGAAGAGGGGCACAGCCGGGUGGGCUCUGGCCCCACCUUGUGCCAUCCCCCCCGGCGCAGGCAGGAGGAGAUGAAGUCUCUCUCGGAGGUGCUGGAGCCCCCCGGAUUUGGGGGCCGUUUGUUUUCCUUCCCUUCUAUAUGUAGCAUUGCUCGGCUGUGGGGCUGGGCCCCCCCGGGCGGCCGGGGGGACAACGUGUGCCUGGGCCCCACCACCGCAGCCUGGGGAGGGGGGACGGGGGUGGGAGGGCUU